AUGAAGGUAAAAAAGAAACGUAUAAUGAUGUUUUCAUUAUUGUGCCAAGAUGUCGGAUUCCCAUUGCAUAAAGGAUGGGCGUUAAAAGGAAACCAAAAAUUAGGAAAUAAGGGUGGUACUAGAAUUAAAAAAAAUAUAAAAUCUAUGCUUGAAC